UAUGCCUUUAAGGACGAGGCGUGUUGACGUCAGUUCAUGUUUCACGUCCUAGUCCCGCCCACUGGCGUUAAGGUUGACAGCUAAACUGGUGAAACAAGAGUCUGCUUGUACUGUUUAAACUUCUUCGUCGUGGACUAGACGCUUAAGGGGAAGAAAGUUUCUUCCAUAGUGUCCGGGUAGCUUUGGAGUGACACUGCCAUAUUGGAGCUGCUAACUUCGAUCCUUGUUUGAACGACAGGACUUUACUACUUUUUACCUGUUCCACUUCUUAGAGUUCAGGUGUGUCCGUCUGGCCAAGCUCGAAUGUGAUUGGCUGUCACCUUCACUGACCACAAUAUUAGACGCUACCGCUUUCACAGGGCCCCACCAUGCGGAGGCGUCUGGACCGGAUCCGGCAUUGGGGCCACAAACGGGACGACAUAGUGGAUCUGCCCGAGUCGCCCAGCACGUCGGACACAGAAUGCAGCGAGGAGGUUGGUUCAGGAACACUUUCUGCACUUCAAGAUGAACCGAAAACGGAUCUAAAUGAGGUCAAAGGUCAUCUAGAGAUCACCCUGUUAGAGAAACACUUCUUACAGGAGGAGUUGAGGAAACUUCGAGAAGAAGAGUCGUGCGUGGACGGGCUGCGUCAGGAACUGGAGAGGGAACGCUGCAGGAACAUGGAACUGGAGCAGAAGAUCAACCAAAUCGCCACUGCCAGACUUGAAGAUUCACCAUGUGGUACUCCUCAAGCCACACCCUCUUAUGACAUCAGCGCACCAGAAAAACAAAAGGAGGAUGUUUACAAUCGUUUCCAGAAUUGGCUUUCCCAUUAUUUUGGCGUUGACUUUGAGGACUUCCACCUCCAGCCAGAGGAGGAAUUGGUGGAGCCGGACGAGCCGCUCAGUGCCAGGAGACUGACAGAAAACAUGAGGCGUCUCAAAAGAGGACUGAGACCUGUGAUGAACUUCCUGAGAGACCUGUCGGCUUUAUCCAGCUGGUACUCGGUCUACACCACGGCCAUUGCCUUCACUAUCUACAUGUAUGCAACGUGGCGCGGAUGGACCAUCUCCAUGUUCCUGUUCCUCGCCGUCCUCCGCCUCUCUUUGAAUUACCUCAUUGCCAGGGGCUGGAGGAUCCAGUGGAGCAUUGUCCCAGAAGUCUCAGAACCUGUGGAGCCUCCCAGAGAAGACCUGACUGUGUCAGAGAAGUUCCAGCUGGUUCUGGAUGUGGCCCAGAAAGCUCAGAAUGUGUUUGGGAAGAUGGCCGACAUCCUGGAGAAGAUUAAGAAUCUCUUCAUGUGGGUGGAGCCUCAGUUAACAAAGAAGCUUUACAUUGCUCUGUGGGUGUCCUUCAUCGCCUCCUGCCUGCUGCCUUACAAAGUGCUGGGAUUCAUCAUUGGUGUGUUUGCAGGUGUGAAGUUCUUCAUCAUCAACUUCAUCUUCAGGAGCUGUCCCAAACUGCGGCAACGUUACGACACGGCACACAUUGUCUGGACCAACCUGCCCACUGACCUUCAGCUGAAGCAGCGCAGCAACCCCUCGCCAGGCCGACGGGUUCCUUCUGGGGAGGAUGUGGGAGGAGGGAGGUACUACAGCACCAAGAAAGGAGCCUUCCAUGAAGUCUUCAACCUCCCAGAGAGUGAGUGCCCGCUGCCAGUGUGUGAGAACGGUUGGCGCUGUUGCCUCAUCAACCGCGACAGGAAGACCCCGGCGGACUACAUCCGUAAUGGUGUCCUCUACGUCACUGAGAACCACUUGUGCUUCGAGUGCUCUAGGUCGUCGUCCACCAAGAGGAACAAAGUCAUCAAACUGCUCGACAUCACCGACAUCCAGAAGUACAAAGUAUUGUCCAUGUUACCCGGCUUUGGGAUGGGCAUCUCCAUAGCAACACCAUCUACUCAGAAGCCCAUGGUGUUUGGAGCCAUGACCAACAGGGACGAAGCCUUUGACACCAUCUUCAGCCAGCAUAAGAAGAUUGUUGCCAUGGCUGCAGCUGCCAGCCCAGAGAUGUAGGAACUCUCUGAGAAGACGCUGGUUCCCCUUCAAACACAAUGAUGUUUGAGGGAUGCACACAUCUGCUGACCUGUAGUGGUUAUCAUGUCUUAGACAAAACAAAGGUCACUGUACCAUCAACUCUUAAAUAAUUGCCAGCACAGACAGGUAAAAGGUGGCAUUUUCUCUACAAGAAGUCACCUCCAUGACUUCUUUAGGCUUUCUAGGUUUGACAUUCAACAGUUAAAGGCAGUCAGCUCACCAGCUGAUCACAUUGUCAGUCGUGUGUUUGCAUUUAUCAUGUUAAUUUGGCAUUUAACCACAAACUGCAAGAUAGGGGGAAGAAAGCUCCUUUUUUUGUCUGAGCAUUUUCAGUUGCGAAGGGUACUAAACCUAACUUUCAAGUGAACAAAACAAAAUUGCAUUCUUUUUUCAGCUUUGAGCCUUUUAAAGCACUUUAAUCCUUACUUGUAAAUUUAGUGUAAUUUUGUACUUUUAUAACAAUAAUGCAGCUUCUUAUCACCAUGGUGCCUCGUGCAGAUCUUUUGCUCCAGGGUGUGCCUUUUUGUCUCUGGUUGUUUGAAACUGUAUUCUUUGGAUUUUGUAAGAUUGUAUGAUGUGUUUUUAUAUUUGCUGCUGCUUCUGUUAAUAUGAAAUACAUUUGUAUUUUAGUACAAUAGUGCUUUUCAACAGUAGUUGUCUGUUGUUUUUUGUAGUACUCGUUUGUCCCUGAUGGUGUCAGUAAUAGUAGUAAUAGUAGUCCCUCUGGUUAGGAAGGGAAACCUGGUUUACCAUCUUAAAAUGUAUUUUUCUGGCUUCUUAUCGCAAAAAUAUGUGAUGUUUUUCCCAGUAAGAUGGGAAAAGAAAUGUGCGAAAAGUUUGCUCUAACCAUGGCGGUCUUUAGGGUUACUUCUGGGUUUUCAUUGCUGUAGAGGAAUUUCCGGUAAAGUAAAAACUUUUUCACACCAUUUUUUUGUUUAUAUUUUCCAUAUAUUAAAUAUAUUUUAAUCAUGAG